AUGUCGAACGUUAGAACCUUGGAUCGUGAAGAACCCCACUACUUUGGAGCAGGACCAGCCAUUUUGCCAACCUCCGUGUUGCAAGAGGCCGCCUACGACUUGGUCUCGUACCUGAACGAGGGCCUCGGAGUUGGUGAGAUCUCCCACCGUUCCAAACCAGCAAUGCAAAUCAUAGACGACACCAAAGCCAAUUUGGCCAAGUUAUUGGACAUUCCAGACACCCACGAGACUUUCUUCAUGCAAGGAGGUGGUACCACCGGAUUCUCAUCCAUUCCUUACAACUUGAUUGCUAACUACGCCAAAAAGACUGGAAAGGUCGGCAGAGCUGCGUACGCAGUCACUGGCUCGUGGUCCAAGAAGGCUGCUGAAGAAGCCGAAAGAUUGGGUUUUGAUGUCGAUGUUGUGGUCAACACCAAGGACAUCAAGUUCAGUGACAUCCCUCCUUACUCGGAGUGGAAGCCAAUUGCUGAAAACACUUCUUAUUUAUUUGUGUGUGACAACGAAACCGUCGACGGUAACGAGUUCAACGAUAUUCCAGGCCCAGAAUACUUGCCAGAAGGCGUAGAGUUGGUAGCUGACUUGUCCUCAAACAUUUUGUCCAGAAAGGUUGAUGUCAGCAAGUACGGUCUUAUCAUGGCAGGUGCCCAAAAGAACAUCGGUUUGGCUGGGUUGACCAUCUAUAUCAUCAAGAAGUCGUUGUUAGAGCAGGCCAGCGAUGCCGACUUGAAGGCCCUCGGCGUUCCUUUGGUUCCAAUUGCUUACCAGUAUCCUAUUGUGGUCAAGAACAACUCUGCCUACAACACUAUUCCAAUCUUUACUGCUCACAUCUUAAAGUUGGUGACUGGUAAAUUGUUGGAAGAGGGCGGCCUUGCCAAGAUCCAGGCCACCGAUGAAAAGAAGGCCAGCAUAUUAUACGCUGCGUUGGCCAAAUUCCCCGAAUUCUAUAUCUUGCCAGUGAAGAACCCAAGAGUGCGUUCUAAGAUGAAUGUUGUUUUCAGACUUCCCAGUGCUGAGUUGGACGACCAGUUUGUCAAGGAGGCGUCUGCGAAGGGAUUGAACGGAUUGAAGGGUCACAGAUCUGUGGGAGGUAUCAGAGCUUCCAUGUACAAUGCUGUCACUCUUGAAAGUGUGGAGCUCUUGGUUAAAUUCGUCGAAGAGUUUGGAAAGACCCACGCAUAA